UCGUAACGCCUCGGGGAAAGGGAAGCGGACGGCACUGCGAAUUGCUGCCUGUGGCUUUUUAUUUUUCUGCUGACAGGAUUUGGUCACUGGUUCUUCAUCUUUUGUCUGUUGCACGCAUCCAGCCCUCCCCAUUUGCUUUCCCACUCCUUGGAUCCAGCCCUCUGGGCUUUCACGCCAGUUCUCUCACCCCGCCGUGAGCCCCUCCUGGUCCCCGGGCGGGCCUGGCACGGAGGCGGUAACUAUGGAGAAUAUGGCGGAGGAGGAGCUGCUACCCCAGGAGAAGGAGGAGGUGGAGGUGGCCCAGGUCCAGGUCCCGACCCCAGCUCCGGCCCCGGAUUCGGCCCCGGCCCCGGACUCGGCUCCGACUCCGGCCUCGGCUCCAGCCCCAGCCCCUGCCCUGGCCCAGGCUCCGGCCCUGUCCCCGUCCCUAGCCUCUGCCCCUGACGAGGCUGAAAGCAAGAGACACAUCUCAAUUCAAAGGCAGCUUGCUGAUCUAGAGAAGUUAGCUUUCGUAACUGAAGGGGAUUUUGACUCUGCCAGUUCGUUGAACUCAGAUAAUCUUGAUGCAGGAAACAAACAGUCUUGUCCAUUGUGCCCUAAGGAAAAAUUCAGAGCUUGUAAUAGCCAUAAGCUUCGUCGUCACCUUCAAAAUUUACACUGGAAAGUCUCGGUUGAAUUUGAAGGUUACAGGAUGUGCAUCUGUCACUUACCUUGUCGACCAGUGAAACCAAACAUUAUUGGAGAACAGAUAUCCAGUAAAAUGGGCGCCCAUUAUCAUUGUAUCAUUUGUUCAGCAACAAUCACCAGAAGGACCGACAUGCUGGGACAUGUUAGGCGACAUGUGAAUAAAGGAGAGACGAAAUCCAGGUAUACUGCUGCUUCUGCUGCUAAACCACCUAAUGAAAUUUUGAAAGAGGCAGACACAGAUGUACAAGUUUGUCCUAACUAUUCUAUACCUCAAAAAACAGAUUCCUAUUUUAAUCCCAAAAUGAAACUAAAUCGACAGUUAAUAUUUUGUACAUUGGCUGCUUUGGCCAAGGAACGAAAACCUUUGGAAUGUCUAGAUGCCUUUGGAGCCACUGGGAUAAUGGGAUUACAAUGGGCAAAACAUCUCGGAAAUGCAGUUAAGGUUACGAUUAAUGACUUGAAUGAGAACUCUGUGACACUGAUUCAGGAAAAUUGCCAUUUAAACAAGUUGAAAGUGGUGGUAGACAGUAAGGAAAAGGAAGAGAGUGAUGAUAUUCUUGAAGAAGGAGAAGAAAAUCUUGGUAACAUUAAGGUGACCAAAAUGGAUGCCAAUGUACUAAUGCAUUUGAGAUCCUUUGAUUUCAUACACCUAGACCCUUUUGGAACAUCGGUGAACUAUCUAGAUUCUGCAUUCAGAAAUAUAAGAAACCUUGGCAUAGUGUCUGUGACUUCUACAGAUAUCAGUUCUUUAUAUGCCAAGGCACAACAUGUUGCCCGGCGUCACUAUGGCUGUAAUAUUGUCCGAACUGAGUAUUACAAGGAACUAGCAGCCAGAAUUGUUGUAGCUGCAGUGGCAAGAGCUGCAGCCCGAUGUAACAAAGGCAUUGAAGUACUGUUUGCAGUGGCUUUGGAACAUUUUGUGUUGGUUGUUGUGCGAGUUUUGAGGGGGCCUACUUCUGCAGAUGAAACAGCCAAGAAGAUUCAGUACCUGAUCCAUUGUCAGUGGUGUGAAGAGAGAAUUUUUCAGAAGGAUGGUAAUAUGGUAGAAGAAAACCCAUAUAGACAGCUGCCCUGUAACUGUCAUGGAAGCAUGCCUGGAAAGACAGCAAUAGAACUUGGACCUCUAUGGUCAAGUUCCCUUUUCAAUACUGGAUUCCUCAAAAGAAUGCUAUUUGAAUCUCUUCACCAUGGUUUAGAUGACAUUCAGACCCUAAUAAAGACAUUAAUCUUUGAAUCAGAGUGUACUCCUCAAAGUCAGUUUUCAGUUCCUAUGCCUUCAAAUCUCAAGCAAGAAGAAUGUGGUGUGUUUAUUAAAACUACAGAUGAUACCACACCAGAUAACUACACUGCACAAGGAAAAAGAAAAGGUAAUGAAACAGUCACAACUUUAGCCAAAAGGCAAAAGACUGAUGUCAGUACUGAACAUCCUCCCUUUUAUUACAACAUCCACAGACACAGCAUUAAAGGAAUGAAUAUGCCAAAGUUGAAAAAGUUUUUGUGCUAUCUUUCUCAAGCAGGCUUUCGAGUGAGCCGAACUCAUUUUGACCCAAUGGGUGUUCGUACAGAUGCACCUCUGAUGCAAUUUAAAUCGAUCCUUUUAAAGUACAGCACCCCUACAUACACGGGAGGACAGUCGGAGGGCCACGUCCAGCCAGCAUCGGAGGAUACAGUGGCUGACAGGGUUGAAAUGUCAAUGAAUGACAAAGCAGAAGCAAGCAGUUGCAGAAGAUGGUAAAUGUAGUCAAGAGUUACUCCAGAUGUCUGUCUAGAUGGCCUGGUAGUUCUCUAUACCAACUGUAGUUCUUUUUCUAUUCUUUUAAUUCAGUGGUGUAAAAAUAAAAACCAGUGCUGUUUUCAUUCAGAAAAUUAGCAGUUUCUAACUUAGCUAGUUUGGGAGCUGUGCUUUCCAGUUUUUUCUUAUUGUAAAGAAAACUUAAAAUUUUAAUGAAAACAUUUCAUAUGAAGCCAGGUUUAUGACUGAGAUCACCCUACCAUUUAGUAACUCAGAAAACUUUCACUUGCAAAGUGUUUGGAAUUUUAUGUAUGUUAUGGAACCAUCCUUUACUGUUCUUAAUCACAUGUCUACUUAAACUGAUUCAUGUCUUUCUGUUUAAGCACACAAAAUGAAGCCAAAAGCCUUUUACGUAUUACCCUAAAUAGAACAAUGCCCUUUCAUGUCACUAACAUUAUUUCACAAUUACAGAGCUAAAAUGUGUUCCCAAUUUUCAGAAAUCAUACUUCUUUCCACAUUGAUCUUUUAAUUUAUUACUAGCUUUUGAGAAUUUAAAUACUUGUCUGAGAUAGAAAUAAGUUUUUCUUUUAAGUUUAAGGUCAGGUGACUUAAGUCAGAGUAAGAGUUUGUCAAAGUAAAUUGAGACCAUUGUUCUAAUAGUUGUUCAUAAGCACCGAAAUUCUGGAGAGUUUUUGCUGUAAAUUAAAUCGGGUGAUCUCAAGUGCCUCAGUUAAUGCACGUACAAUAUUCAUUUGCUUGUUUGUGCUACCUCUCAGAAGUAAAACUUGCCACCUUAUGAACUUACGAAGUAAGGAUUUUGGGGGGGGGGGGUGGGAGACAGAUUUGCUUUGUUUUUGGGUGUGUGUAUGUGCUCAUUUUUUUGUAUAAGUAGCCCAGGCUAACAUGACUAUGAAAAUUAGUAGAAACUCCAUUAAUAAAUUUUGUUCUUGCUUCAUUUGAAUGUAAAAGUUUGGAUAACAGGAUUUGGUAUAAAAUUUAGAUUUUUGUCUCAAGGACUUAAUCCAUAUUUACCCUGAAUUAUUUUUUAGAGGAAGUAACUUUUUAUCUGAGCAUAAAGUUUGGGGGAUGGAGAAGAGUUAUAACUGAAAAGGUUUUAAAUACACUAUGGAAGAAAAAAAGCACACCCAUGACAUAUUUAAAAUUCCAGGGAGUGAGAUCAACAUAGUAGAUGAGCAGAAAUAAAAAAAAUUCUUUGUGUUAUUAUAGCAUAGUCCUAGGAGGAUGUGUUUUCUCCCAUUAGUAGAAUCAUAUUUAAAUAAACGAACAGGUGAACUGCGAGUGAUAUACUAGAAUGACCCCCC